AUUAGGACCCAAACAGUCAAAUUGAAAAUCCAUCACCUGUUCAAAAAAGAACUUCCAGGCGUGGUGGUCGCGGACAACGUGGUCGUGGCAGUCGUGGUGGACGUGUAGGCCGUCUGAAAUCAUAUCAACACGCUGGAGGUCAAUACGCGAUAGGUUUAUGCGUGACCUCAAUCAUGAACGAACGGCGCCAAGUGGUUCGGGUACUUCUCGGAGGAAACCUUACCAAUAUGCACCACAUCUUCAAUUUCUUCAACGUUGUUUUCAGCAGCGCAUGACUCAUUCAAGCACACUCCCUCCUGAAGCAGAACCUGUUGAACAUGAGGACUCAACCGAACAAUUGUCUGGACGAUCUACCGAUCAAACUUCAUUACCAUCUCAGUCACAGGAUUCUGCUCUGGAGUCGCGCGGCCGGCAAACUGAGACAUGUGCUCAGAUUGAAGAUACUCGACAGUUCAUUUCUUCUGCCUUUGACAGAGUUUUAAGUAGGCCGAGGCCACUUCGAAGACCACAUAGAGUCUUUGAGGAUCUUGCACUGAUCUUCCGAGAUUGUUUAUUAAAAAUAGAGGAGGAGCAAACUCGGUAUAAGCAAGAGUUAACUUCCAUGAUCAAUCAUGUCGAGGUAGUUUGUCGUCCAGAACCCCUUAACCAUAAUCAGCAGUUUCUCUUAACGUUAAGUCAUUGGAUGGACAACAUGACUCCAGAGCAGAAUUGUGAUUGUCGAGUGACAUUGAUCAAAACUGUUUGGAAUAUUAAACACGCACCAUCCUCUAAUUUUGUUCCUCUGGCUCAGUCGUAUCCACCAGCCACCUCCUACCCAACAUCCAUGACUUCUCCACCUGCUCACUCAUACUCUGAGCCACAUAUCGCUCCCCAGUCACAAAACUUUCAACAGUCACAAAACUUUCAACAGUCACAAAACUUUCAACAGUCACAAAACUUUCAACAGUCACAAAACUUAGCCCUAUCCCAAAACUUGCAGUGGGCAGUGGGUAAACAGCAAGAAUUGGACGAGGAAGAUAGGCAAUUUCUCCCAAUCAUAAACUGUGAACUGCUAAUACAGCUAGUAGAAGCAAGGCCAGCUUUAUGGGACCAAACAGACCCCAAGCACUCGGACCACAACACGACUCGUCGACAAUGGCAAGAGGUCUAUGCCAAUUUGGUUCCCACAUGGAACGAUUUGAGUCGUCAGGCUAAAAAAAAUUGUGGUACAUUAAUUUCAUUCCUUUUGUUAAAUCAUUUGGUUUUAGAAGAUUUGAUAGUGAUGUUUCUAGUUGGAAGAAUAGUGAAGUGA